GCGGGCUCUGGGCUAGGGCAGCUGGGAUGGAGCAGAAGUGCGCCUGGCGCCGCAGGGUACACAGCUGACUCCGUGCGCCACCUCCUUUUCGCCUAGCACCGCCAGACACCAAAGCUGCCACAGUAGCUGCCUGGACUGAUCGCUCCGGGAAGUCAGCACCACCCUCUCCUCCCGCAGCCCACCAGGCGGUAGAGGAGCUGCCUGUGUCCGGACGCACUUGGCCAACCCCAGGAAACUCUUCCCUAGCAGCGUCCAGCUCGGUACCGAGCACCGGAGUAACAUGGUCUGCAAGGCGCUCAUCGCUCUCUGCAUCUUCACCGCAGGACUGAGGGUACAGGGUUCACUGACACCGACCCCAGUGCCUGUUUCUCUCAUGACAAAAACGACCCCCUCUCCAGCCACCUUGACUACCUCUGCACAGAACACUACUAUGGCCAGCACCCCCUUGGCCGGUGGCACUCACAACGCUUCUGUUCUCUCCACUGCUGCUGCUGCAUCCUUGACAUCUCAGCCCUCCAAGAACAUUUCUACGGUACCCAGAGAAGAGGCUGUCACCAGCCCAGCUUCAAAGUGGAACGGCAGCAACACAGAGUCACCUGCCAGCUUCUCCCCAACGAGCAACGAUGUCCACUUGACACCCACUCCCAAGGAGCAUGGUCUCAACAGUUCUGAAGCAAGUGUGCCAACCACUACACCCCAGCCACCCACACUCAUUUCUUCUCAGGCUCCAACCUCAACAUCCACAUCCCAGGCAACUUCCCCGCCGGAGUCUCUGUCUGCCUCCAGCAUCUCUAACAAUAGCUCCGCUGUGACCAGCAUCCAGUCCACAGGAGCUCCACUGGCACCCACGUCCCCAACAGAGGGGCCCAGCUCUAGUCAGACACCCACUUCCCAUGUUACUGCCGAGCCGGCACCCAAGGAGAAAUCACCCCAAGAUGCUGAGCAUGACGGAGUGUCCUGUGAGUCUGAGACCACCACCCCCUUCCUGAUCAUGCAAGAAGUGGAGAAUGCCUUAAGUUCAGGCAGUAUCGCCGCCAUCACUGUGACAGUCAUUGCCGUGGUGUUGUUGGUGUUUGGAGCUGCGGCAUACCUAAAGAUCAGGCAUUCCUCCUACGGAAGGCUGCUGGACGACCACGACUACGGGUCCUGGGGAAACUACAACAACCCGCUCUAUGAUGACUCCUAACAAAGGAAGGUGGCUGGGCACAAGAAAUAGCGGUCCUUUAUUUAUAAGUGCUUAUCCAGUAGAAUUAAUAACAAGUACUUGAUGCUCAUUGAACGACAAUCGCAAGCCCUAUUUUGUUGGUAUGGUUGUUUUUUUGUUUUGUUUUGUUUUGUUUUCUCCUCCCUCUCCUCUGGCUGCUACUCCAACAUCCCCCUUCUGGUACAAAAGAACCAUUUUGGACAGGCCAAUGGAGGCCGAUUUGCAGCAGGCACGGGCCAUCUUUGCACUGAGUAGGCUGGACACCAUGAGGUGGUGGCUGCAGCCCCCACUGCAAGACUCAUCGGAAGGACUGAAAAAAAGGGCUCAGGCUGCCCUGUUGGGGAUUUAGUUUUGAGGGGAACUUUUGGUUUGGGUUAUUUCUUAAUCUUCUCUAUAGGAAAUUACACGGAGGAUCAGUGGGAAGAAGAGAAAGGAAUCCCUGAAGGCUAUCACCCUGUGUGGAGGAAGCAAGGGCUUCUUGAUUUCUUUGUAAUCCUUCUUUGCCUGGCUGUAUCUGACAGGAUGCCUACUUGGUCCUACAAGCAGAUAGACAACUCUUAGCUGCCUAAUUAGGAAAGAUGAAAGACAGCUGUACCCAGGAGGAGCCCAGCAGGCAGGAGCAAAGCAGCCCCAAUGGGCUGCUGUCAAUCUUAGCACGCUCACAACCUGGUCUCCCCAUCCAGGCCACUGGAAGGCAAUGGGGAUCCCAGCCACUGGCUUUGAGAACAGUUACAGCACAGUUUGAAAAGAGAGACUCAGAGGUGAGCUUGAAGAACAGCAAGGGAGAGGGAUGUGGAGAAUAAGGAUGGGGGAAGAAGGGAGGGACCAAAGCUCACAGGGACCCUCUUGAAGGAAGUAGGAGCCAGCUCCCCAUGGUAGUGGGAGAUACCUAAAUCCUGGAGGAGCCCAGAGAACUCUCACUUCGCACACAUAAAGCAACGGGUUGGGGAAUGGCUAUAUGCUAUUUUAAAACAAUGUUUAAAAAGACAAUUAACCUUCCAUAGGAAAUAGACACUGAGAAUUGCCUGCUUAUUCCCCCUAACAUCUAUCUACCUUACUCAUUCUUCCUUUUAAUAAAAGAACACCGCUGGGUCUCUAGUCUCAAAAUCCUGUACAACAAAUUUUGAGAAAUAGACGUUUUCCUCCAUCGGCAUUUGUUUAUUUCACUUAUUAACCAUCAGGAAGUGAUUUUGUCUCCCCCGGCCCCCAGCCAGGAACAUUUGAAAAUGUCCAGUGGCAAUUUUUGACUGCUACCACUUAUCUUGAAACACUACUAAGGAGUGGAGGCUGUGGCUCCUUUGCACAGGACGAGCUGCGACCACAAAGAGCCUCCUAGGCCGUCACAUCAAAGGCUGACAGUGAGACCAAGAUGUCUUGUGAUGUCCUUGUGAUGUCAAAAGACACUCACACAUCAGUAAAACCCUUUCAUUUUUAACAAAGUGAAACAUCACUUUUUUUUUCCUCCAGAGUGGUAGCUUGUUGACAGAUGGGUCGCUGUCCGGCAUGUGCAGUUGCCUUAUAUUGUUAGUGUUUCUAGAGAGCUUCGCUACAGAGCUGCACCGCUGGUCAGCAGCAUCUGAUCCUGGGACCCAGCAUCUCCAAUUUCAUGUAGUAGAGAGCAUGCAUCUUAAAAUAUGUUACCAUGUCCUAUGAUGUCACAGAGAACAAGAAAUCGUCAGUUUUUAAUUCCUCAAACAGAUCCUGCCCCACCACUCUGUUGAAAAAAA